CCCCGCGACUGCGAGCUUCUCCCUCCCUCCCUCCCUCAUCAUCCCCCCAUCUCCAUCCCGCACGCGCUGGCUGCUGGUGCUGGCUGCCUCCUUCUCCUCCCUCCUCGUGAGCCGUGGCCCCCUCCUCUCCGUUCCUCUCCCCGGCGGCGACUCUCCGAACAAGGUCUUCGGAGACUGGCUUGAGGAAAGACUGACCUGGAGGAUGUACAAGGCAAGGAGGCAAGCCUCGCUCAAGGUGCGGCGACGAGUCGGCAAGUAUGAGCUCGGGCGGACCAUCGGGGAAGGGACGUUCGCCAAGGUCCGGUUCGCCAAGGACACCGAGUCUGGGGAUCCUGUCGCCAUCAAGAUCCUUGACAAGGCCAAGGUUCACAAGCACGGGUUGGUCGAGCAGAUUAGACGAGAAAUCUGUACGAUGAAGCUGAUACAGCACCCCAAUGUUGUCCGCCUCCAUGAGGUCAUGGGAAGCAAGGCGAGAAUUUUCAUUGUUCUGGAAUACGUUACGGGUGGGGAGCUCCAUGAUAUCAUCGCCGCCCGUGGGAGCUUGAAGGAGGAUGAAGCCCGCAGAUACUUUCAGCAGUUGAUCAACGCUGUUGAUUAUUGCCAUAGCAGGGGUGUAUACCACCGAGAUCUGAAGGUACAUCGCCGACCACUCAACCCCUUGGUUCCAAUUUAUGUAUCUGGUUUAGCGAAACAUGAAACUGACAAAUGGAUGUUUUAUGUAUGCCAGCUAGAGAAUUUGUUGCUUGAUACUGCUGGGAACCUCAAAGUCUCAGACUUUGGCUUGAGUGCGAUAUCUGAGCAGGCGAAGGCUGAUGGGUUACUACAUACUACCUGUGGGACACCGAACUAUGUUGCUCCCGAGGUUAUCCAAGAUAAGGGCUAUAAUGGUGCGCUUGCAGACCUUUGGUCUUGUGGGGUAAUUCUUUUUGUGAUGCUUGCUGGAUAUCUGCCUUUUGAGGAUGACAACGUCUCAGCCCUUUAUAAAAAGAUCUCUGGAGCUCAGUUUACUUGUCCCUCUUGGUUUUCUGAUGGAGCUAAAAGGCUGAUUCCCAGGAUUCUGGAUCCCAAUCCUUCUACUCGCAUAACUAUCCCACAACUAUUGAAAGACCCAUGGUUCAAAAAAGGAUAUAAGCCACCUGUUUUUGAUGAGAAACAUCAAACUAGUUUGGAUGAUGUUGAUGCUGCUUUCGGAGACUCAGAAGAAAAACAAGUUGAGGAGGAAAUGGAAGGGCAGCCAGCUUCGAUGAACGCAUUCGAGUUGAUAUCACUGAAUAAAGGACUGAACCUACGCAAUUUUUUUGAAGCUGAUAAGAAGUACAGAAGAGAAACAAGAUUUACAUCGCAAUGUCCUCCUGAAGAAAUCAUCAGUCGGAUAGAAGAGGCUGCUAAGCCACUUGGCUUUGACAUCCAAAAGAAGAACUACAAGAUGCGAAUGAAGAACCUAGAAGCAGGAAGAAAAGGAAACCUAAAUGUUGCAACUGAGGUUUUCCAAGUGGCUCCAUCUUUGUUUGUUGUUGAGCUGAAAAAGGCAAAAGGAGAUACUCUGGAAUUUCAGAAGUUCUACAAAACACUCUCUGCACAGAUAAAGGAUGUUGUUUGGGUUUGCGAGAGUGAGGCUGAAGAAAGAGGCUCCACAUGAGGCAGCUGCAGAGUGUCUUUCUCAGGAAGUAGUAUUUUAGGUUCUCAUGUAUAUAGUUGUUCGUUGUUCUUUGUAGAUUCGUCGGGUGCUCGAUGUAUAUAGAGCUUUAGGCUGGUUCAUGACUUCAUGGUCUAGAAGCAGAUGAAAUAUAUACCAGUAGGUUCAAGUGCC